AUGCGCGCGCCCUGCCCCGUCGACGCGUGCGCCCUGACUCGUCGUUGCGCGCGUCCUGCUUUCGCCGUCGUGCCACCUGCCCCAUGCCCGCGCGCGCUCUGCCUCAUCUCUGCGCGCGCCUUCCCCCAUCGUCGAGCCCCCCCCUGCCCUCUGGUCGCGGCCGUCCCGCCCCGCGUGGCCGACCUUCCCUAUCCCCUCGCGAGCGCCCUCCCUUUCUUUCUCGCGGGUGCCCAGCCUCUUCUCCUCCCGGGCGCCCGCGCGCCUCUUCGUGGUGCGCCUUCCCAGACUCUCGCGCCCCACACUCACCCUAUCCGCCCACCGCAUCCGCCUCUCUUCUCUCCUCCCGCUCCUUCUUGCCUUUCCUCCUCACCUCCUGCUUCCCCUCUGCAUCUACUGCAGCUGGCUGCCACCUCGCACCCGUGCUCAUCCGUUCUAGUAGCUAAUUGUGGCCCCCCUUGCCUUUCCGUCAAGUCCCCGCCCUUCCCACAAUCCGCCCCUUCACCAUCCUCCUCCUCUCCUCUCUCCCUCCAGUUUCCCCUCCACUAUCUCACCCCUUCCUCCACCUCUUCCCUCUCCUCAUCUGCUGCAGCUGGCAGCUGA